AAUGCUUAGGAAGGAAUGGGAAGAGGAUGAGGAAACAGAGAGGGACAUGGGAACAAAAUAUGGCUUUGCAAUCGAAAACGAUGCCUCUAAACUCGAAUCGAUAGUUGCGAAUGGUUUGGUAACGAGCGCCGCAGGCGAUAGUUCCUACCAUCCUUUGGGUUCUUCUCUGCUGGGGGUCUACGUCUGCAAACAUGCCGACGUCUGCCUUAGGCAUGCUUCGAUUAGAAAUGGGACAGCGCAGGUGAUGCGGUUGAUUAUAUUCAAAUGUGACGUAAACUUAAGACAAGUUUUUAUAUUGAAUUUGUCUGCUAUUUAUUACGCAAGUUUAGAUUGA